CGAUCUUUCACGUCUACACACAAACCGCUAGUACGUCGUACAUCAACAAAUUACUCACACCUACAAAAAGUGAAGAAGAUUGACUUUUGAUACAACAAACAAGGAUGAGGUCUUAUUUUGGGUGUAUGCUUCUUGGCAUGUCGGGUUGGACCGGCAUGCCACAUCAUGUUGUGACGGCAGCUUCGCCUUCUCACGGAGGGGGAGGCCUUCGUUCUCGCUUCACCGGUCGAGGUCCACAAGGCGACCCCGUUCCGAUGGACACAGCAACUGGCUCACCACCAGACACAAGCAAUACAAGCCGAGCAACUGCAGGAAAUGAUCCCUCUUCACGAGGAGACAUGGCUCCUGCACAAAUGCAGAUGGACGAGUUCUUGCCGUGUGCACGCGCUCCGCAACAACAGAACAUGCAUGGUGUUCGCUUUCUAUCCAAAGAACGUAGCCUUAAGGCAACCACUACCAAGAAAGCAUCCCUGUCCCUUCAGAUCAUGAUCCUCGGCCUUUUCUCCAAGGGGAACAAAAGCGCCACAGGGAGAUGUUCUCAGGGAUGCGAUCGAACGCGGUAGCUCUAAACACACACGGGAGAAGGCAGCUGGGAUUGCCACUGGUCCAGAGUCCUGCUUUAGGCCGUUCGGAACAGAAGAAGGAACACAGUGCAGCGGGGUGCUUAAUGGCUGCGGAUUUUGUUGUGAAGAUGGUUGCGUGAGCGCUUUAUCGCUAUUGGAAAGCGUCAUCAAAGAAUUUAAUAUGGCUCGAUAGAUUGAUAUACAUAUCCCAGUUCGUUGCAUGUUGAUAACCCCGAGUCUCAUACAUAAGUACUUAAGUAGAUCAUACGGAGUAUGGUGGAGUAAAUAAUAGACGCAAGGCAUUUUUGAACACUCACUCCAUGGCUUGCACCCUACGUACAAGAACGUUGAUAAUUCCGCUCUUGCUACAACUACAAAAAUCUACAGAGAAAGAGAAGGCACCAGACUCCGUUUGUCUAACUUUUGUUGCAGUAACAUUUCGAAAUGGUAUGACCCAGAGGGCUAUGCCACUCUAACUACAUUUUUUCGGAAGGGGAUGACCCAGAGGGCGAUGCCGAGCAGGGUCGUGUAGCCGCGGCUGCAGCAGCACGUCCAGAUGAAAACGAACUUCGUGAGCUCGGCGCCUACUUCAUGGGCUGGAUAAAGGACGACUUGAUCGCGCAGUAUUACAACGAUCCGGCUCUCUGUCGAGCACCUCAUGUUACGGCGAGGACCACACGGAAAAGAUAAAGUUCUAUCUUGUAUAAUAUUAGUUGCACUGCCAAAGAUAUGCCUUCUUCCACGACCUGCUGAUAUUGAAUAUCGAACAAUGGGCGGAAAUAUUAUCAGUAGGAUAUUAAUGCAAGCCUGGUGGCCCAAGUUUAUCACUAGUAGUAGUACCUCUUCCAACUACCUUCCAAACUAACUUGAAUUUUUAUUACGCACGUAGAAACCAGUAGAUUUCCCUGUAGAGGAUAUUCCUCCUCUAAUAAUAAGGAACUACAACGGUGGAAGAACGAGAAGUAUUUUGGGAACGAUGUCCGAGAGAUGCUACCGUUUAUGACGGCAGAGGCCAUCCAGCGUCGUCACGCAUGUGUUGGGUGUGGACAGGCUCUUUGCGCUGCUGAGUUAAGAACAAAGGAACUGCAAUUGUUAGUAGAGUAAGUAGAAAAAGCUAGGGAAAUCUUAGGCAGAUGGUCGAAUAUUAGAUUCACGUAAUCAAGUAGAUAAAGUUGACGGAAAAAAUGUUUGUACUAAGAUAGAUCGAGCAUGAAAAUGACGAGCAUUAAGAUCUUGAUCUAAGAAAAGCGUGUUGCAGUGUUAGUACAAGGUGCUGGGCUCAGUCUGUUUGCGCGGUGGCGGUAGUACAGGAGUUGACGCGGCAGAUGCCUUUUGCGACAACUGACCGUAAAUUGACUGACUGUGAAACACUAUCCAUUAAGGGUCGGCUAAAGGUGCUCCUGUUGCCGUUUGUGUUGCCUCUCCUAAGAGAGAAAGGCAGAACAGACAAACGGGAAACAGAAACACCAAAGCCAUACCGCUAAGCUCAUCGCGUGCAUGGGUAUCGCUACGGUUUGUUGCAGCUGUAGCCAUAAGCUUGGCGAAUGGUGCCACUGUUCUAUGUGGAAACAUCCUGGCGAGGUUGGGGCCGACAAGCCGCACCAACUUGACGAUUGUCAUCUCGGCAACUGCGCAGGCUUUUUUAAGAGUUGAAACAUUUACAUUUCAUUUCUACAUUCUGUUCAUCUUCAUUUCUACAUCUUAUUCAUUAAUAAUUCAUCACCUCCUACAACAUGCUCUUCUCCAUUAAAAUUGCUAUCUAAAAAUGAAAUGCUUCUGCCUUUAAUUUCUGUUGCGAUGCGAUGAGAAACUCCUGUUGGUCGGGAUUGAGCGCGAAAAAAACGAUGUCCAUGGGUGAGAUCGAUCAAGCGUGGGUGGUGGACAACUAUGCCAAGCUACACCGUGAAAGUGCCACAGACCCGAGUGUCAAACUUAAAGAUGGGAGAUUAACUUUCCACGGUCUGCAAGAAGUAGUGCCAAAGGGAGUCAAACUACCAGAUUUGUUUGCUGGGCGCGGGAGUGAUAGCAUUAAGGGUUACUACAUUUUUGCAUCCUGCUUAGCACUUUGAUCUUCCCUGGUUCUUUUAAUUUUUCUAAGUACUUGUGUUGAAAAAGUAGCUGCAGUGAAGGAUAAUGAUUGGCUCUUUUUCUACUUUGAAAAAGUAGCCUUAUCCAAGGAAGAUGAUGAUCCCAGAGAUGCCAUCUCCAACGCGGUACAACUGCAUCUAAUUAUAGUAGCACCAGUGGUUCUACUAUUCUGCCUUGUUUGGUGUCGUGGCUGGGGGCUCCGAGUCUUGCGCAGGUAGAGGAGUUCCAAGAAGCUGCAAGACGGGAAAUGCUCGAGGAAUUGGACAAAAAAAGGAGAUUAUCAAAAUUAUGGAUGGCUUUGGAAAUCUAGAAACAUCAACAUCAAGUAAUUCUAAUAUUUCUGAAAAUUGAAAUUAUAUCCACAAUAUCGUCGCGAAAUUAUAUCCACAUAUCCUAAUUCACCUCUUUCUAAUACCACCUUCUGCUAUGAGGCUCCCUGGAGGACUGCCACCAUAA